CCUCCGGUGACCGGCACUCCUCUUGCAGGUGAAUCGUCUCCCCACACCGGCCCCAAAAUCUCCCAGUUCCGGGCCCGGAGGCAGCCGCCGGAGGAGCCCGAGCCCCCCGAGGACCUCCUCGCUGACGCUAAUCCCAGGAAGAGGGACCGGGACUGUGUCCCGCUCAGCUCCUCGCCACCUCCCGCACCCUGCACCCCGAAGCCAAAGCGACAGCGCCUGGAAGCUGCUAAGAAGCUCAGUUUUGGUGCAGAUGAUGAGUUGGCGCUUGAUGUUUCCUGUGAUGGUGGCCCAGAGGCACCUCUUGCUUCCCACAAUACCAGCUCCAACCACCUGGACAUAAGUGGCAUGACCCCCCUGCAGACCACACCAUCCUCUAAGAAGUGGGUGCUCAAGAGACCUCCUAUCCUGGAAGACUACAUCAAUGUGACAUCCACCGAGGGUACCAGGGUCUUCCUGGUGUUGAAGGAUGAUCCCUCUGGGAUAGGAGCGGAUCUCCCAGAUUCCCUGGGCUGGAAUGCACGCACGCCACUCCACUUGCUGGGAGUGCCAUUCUCCUACCUGAAGGAACAGGUGAAUGAAGAGCGUCGCAGGCAUGUCCUGGAGGCAUCACAGCAGCUGACAGAGAUAAUAAAUAGUUGCCUUGAGAGUGAGCCCAGUGCUGAGAGCCUGGAGCCUGCUGGGAACACGGAUCCAGCGGCCGAGGAGGAAUCUGCACUCCAUUGCCUCUGGGUGGACAAAUUCACUCCUCAGUGCUACCUGGAGCUGCUGAGUGAUGAUUACACAAACCGUUGCCUCCUGAAGUGGCUCAAGCUCUGGGACACGGUGGUGUUUGGGAAAGAGAAUGCUGUGAAGAAAGCCAAGCCCAGCACUGCAGCUCGUCCCCCAUUCAGCCAUCCCAAAGAACAUCCAAACAAGUGGAAAACAAAGGUCCAGCUUACAGAGGAGAUUCUGGAGGCUGAGCUGGACCAGCACAAGAGACCCAAACACAAGGUAGCCCUGCUCUGUGGCCCACCUGGCUUGGGAAAGACCACACUGGCCCAUGUCAUUGCGAGGCAUGCGGGGUACAAUGCCGUUGAGAUGAACGCCAGUGAUGACCGCAGCCCUGAGGUUUUCAAAACCCGCAUCGAAGCUGCCACCCAGAUGAAGUCAGUGCUGGGAGCCAAUGAGAAGCCCAACUGCCUCAUCAUCGAUGAGAUUGAUGGUGCACCUGCAGCAUCUAUCAAUGUGCUGCUGAACAUCAUCCACCGUAAGGAUGUGGAGGGUGAGGCAGCGGGUGGCACGGGCCGGAGACGGCGACGUGAGGGUGGAUUGCUGCUCAGGCCCAUCAUCUGCAUCUGCAACGACCAGUACGUCCCUGCCCUGCGCCCGCUCCGGCAGCAAUCCUUCCUGCUCAGCUUCCCUCGGACAGCAACGUCCCGGCUCGCCCAGCGGCUCUGCGAGAUCGCCCUGCAGCAGGGCAUGAGGGCAGACAUGAGUGCACUGCUGGCCCUCUGCGAGAAGACCGAGAACGACAUCCGCUCCUGCAUCAACACCCUGCAGUUCCUGCACAGCCGAGGGCAGAAGGAGCUGAAUGUGCAGGUGGUGCAGACGAUGAAGAUUGGCUUGAAAGACCAAAACAAGGGGCUCUUCUCGAUCUGGCAAGAGAUCUUCCAGCUCCCGAGGCUCCAGAGGCCCAGGAUAGGAAUGGACCCCUCUUUGCCAGCCCAGCUCCUGAUGGGUGAUGAGGACCUGUCAUACCUCAGGGGUUCAUCUGGUUUCAAUUCCACCUCCCACCGCUUCCACCACAUCCUGCACCUCGCCAUCUCCUCAGGGGAGCAGGAGAAGCUUGCCCAGGGCCUGUUUGAGAAUUUCCUGCACAUGAAGCUGCGGGAUUCCACCCUCAGCUCGGUGUGCUUGGCCCUAGAGUGGUUGGGCUUUUCUGACCUGCUGAGCCGAGCUGUCCUACAUGGCCAGAGCUUCCAGCUGAUGCGAUACCUGCCCUUCCUGCCCGUGGCUUUCCACCUGCUCUUCGCAGCCACCAACAUCCCCCGACUCUCUUAUCCCAGCAGCCAGCACGAGGCUGUGGCCAAGCUGAACCACAUGCAGAACCUGGUGAUGUCCAUGGUGUCGGGGAUCACGCCCAGUGCCCGCAGCCGCGCAGGGCAGCAGUCGCUGGUUUUGGAGGUGCUGUGUCUGCUGCUGGACAUCAUCUCUCCAAAACUCCGCCCGGUCAACACUCAGCUCUACAGCCAGAAGGAGAAGCAACAGCUGGCAGACCUGAUCAGCACCAUGCUGGCCUACAACCUCACCUACCACCAGGAACGCCUGCCCGAGGGCCAAUACGUCUACAAGCUUGAUCCGAAUGUGGAGGCUGUGUGUCGCUUCCCAGAGCUGCCAGCCCGCAGGCAGCUCAGCUACCAGGCCAAGCAGCUCAUCGCCAGGGAGAUUGAGCUGGAGAAGAUGAGGAGGAUGGAGGCAUUGCUGCAGGCACGGAGCCUGGGAGAGGAACCUGGGAAUGGCCUCAGUGAGGAGCGAGCAGACACGGGGCCAGCAGGGACACCCAACCACCAGCAGCGCCUGGAGCACAUCGUGCGGAGGGCAGCGGUGCACGACAAGCCUGAGACUGAUUUUUUUGGGAGGCCAAUUGAGCGGAAGCAGGUGGCCACAGCUCUGGCCCCUCAGGCCUCUAAGGAAGAGUCUCUGGAAAGCCAGAUGGGAAAGGCUGUGGGGAGGAGCGACGUGUGGUUCCGGUUUAAUGAGGGUUUUUCCAACGCUGUCAGAAGGAAUAUCUACAUCAAGGACCUGCUCUAG